UUUUUUUUUUUUUAAAAUUUCAGUAAAAAAAAAAAUAAAUUUACUUAAAUAAAUACAUAUUUAAUUAAUCAGAGGAUAUGGAUUACGAAUAUCACCCUAUAUCGAUUGAAGAUUAUGAUGAUGAAGCAAUCAGAAAUGAAGAACCGAGAACAUCAACGAAACCGGUUCCAUUGGAAACAAUAGAACAAAAUUAUAUAAAAAAUAAAAAUCAAUCAUCAUUCGAUAGAUUAUUUUUGCGUCGAUUCUUUCGUAUAUUAAGUCGUCUUUUUUCUCCCUCAAAUAUGGAAGGGAAUGUCAUCAAGAUAUGGUCAUUGUUAAUAUGCACUAGCUUAUUAAAUGAAGUUUUGGUAUAUAUUGUUGGUACAAUUCCGAGUAGAUUUUAUACUGUUUUGGUCGGAAAAGAUUUUAAUGGUUUUAAGCCGCUCAUGUUUUAUUCAAUUGUGAUCGUCAUUUGCGCUGGAUUGGGUCGGAGUUUUGUUAGAUUUAUUGGAGGUUUGUUUGCUAUAUCGACGAGAAAAAUAUUAACCAGAAGUUUACACAAUAAAUAUUUGAAUUCAAAUAACUCAAGUACUUUCUAUCGUUUAUUAAACUUUAGGACUGAUAUUGAUAAUCCUGAUCAACGAAUAGCUCAAGAUGUUGAAAAUUUCUCGGAAAAAUUAAGACUUAUUUGUCAAGAAAUUAUUGUUGCGCCAAUUCUUAUCAUUUAUUACACGUAUAAAACGUGGACUUUAAGUGGAUAUUUUGGUCCACUUGUAAUUUAUGUUUAUUUCAUUGUAGGACUUAUAUCAAGUAGAUUCCUUAUAGUUCCUUUGGUAAAUUUGGUAUUUAUGAAAGAAUUUCACGAAGGAAACUUUAGAUUUCUUCAUGCUAGAGUACGACAAUUUGCUGAACCUAUUGCUUUAAGUUGGGGAGAAAAAGCCGAAUAUUAUCAAUUAGAUUCCUUUUUUAAGAAUCUCUUAAAUUAUCAACGUCAAAUUAUCGAUCGUGAAUUGGCCUUGGAAGCUCUCACUGGAUCAUUCGCUUAUUUUGGUUCGAUUCUAAGUUAUCUCAUCAUCGCAAUCCCUGUCUUUGUUGGGGACUAUGAUGGAAUUGAGAAGGAUAAACUUAGUGGAGUUAUUAGUCUGAAUGCUUUUCUCUCCUUGUAUUUGAUCUAUCGAUUUACGAGAAUUGUGGAACAGAGUACAAAAAUAUCCGAUUUGGCAGGUUACACAGCACGUAUUGGACAACUUUUUGAAGUAAUCGAGGACAUUAAUGAUGAUAAUGAUAAUGCUGAUGUCAAUUAUACUUUCGAUGAUCAACACGGUGAGGAGUUAUCGAUAGAAUUCGAUCAUGUAUCAUUUACGUCACCAUCAGGAACCCCAUUAUUAUCAGACUUCAAGUUCUUGAUUGAACGAGGAAAGAAUGUUAUAGUAAUGGGACCAAAUGGAAGUGGAAAAACUUCAUUACUAAGAGUUAUGUGUGGGUUAUGGCCGAAAACAAGAGGUCGUGUAGUAAGACCAGUUUCGAGUAAUCAACAAAGGGUAUUAGUAUAUUUACCGCAAACGUCUUAUUUGGUAUUUGGAUCUUUACGUGACCAAAUAACUUAUCCAAUGGUAAAUGACAAGAAAAUGGAACUUGUGAGCGAUGAUGAAGUAAGAUCAUUAUUGGCAAAAGUUAACUUGUCACAUAUCGAAAGAAAAGUGGAGACAUUUGAUUCAAGAUAUGGAGCUGAUUGGGACAAAAUGUUAAGUCCUGGUGAACAACAAAAACUUGCAUUUGCUAGAUUAUUUUAUUGGAAACCGGUUUUUGCUGCACUUGAUGAGGCAACAAGUUCAUUAGAUUCAAACACAGAAAAACAAUUCUUUGAAAUUUGUAAAGAAUUAAAUAUAACAACAAUUACUGUAUCACAUAAUAAGAGUUUAUUACAAUAUCAUGAUAAAGUAUUAUUAUUAAAUGGUAAAGGUAGUUAUGAAACAAGUGAUAUUGAUAUAAAUGGUUCAGAAAAUAUUGUAAGGUGGAUUGAUGGUACUUUAAGGCCUUUUUCUUAAUUAAUCAGUGGAGUCAAAGUUGGACUUGUUUAUAUCUUGAACAUUGGAAGAAAAUCUCUCUUUUUUUCAUAAUAGAAACUUAUUACGUAUGGUUUAUUUCGGAACAUUCUUUUUUUUUUUUCAUUCAUCAUCGUAUUCAUUUUUCCUUUUCAUGUAAAAUAAAUAACAAAAAAACAUGUUUUUUUUUUCAAUCAAUUCAUUUUGUACUUUAUAAAAUAACACAACAUUUAAAACUAUAUAAUCUCAUUUAGAGUAUUUUAACGUAGUCGAUAAAGUGUAGUUUAACCAUGUUAUAGAAUGACUGCGAGUCUUUUGCAUCCAAAAAAAAAUUUUUCAACUAGUGAAUUACCUCCUUGGAAUUUUAAUAAGUCAUGAUCCAUAAUUGAUCU